AAAUCAUUGAGCGCUCGUUCAACAGUUGUGUCUGCUGAACGCGGCCAAUGUUCCCUCCUUUACCUCCGUGGUCACAACCUCACAAUCCUCACAUUGCUCACAACAACGCUCGUGUGCGCCACCGAGGAAACGAGAGCCCUGGAAAAUGACCACUUCUAAGGAUUUAAAUUUGGCCAGGAAAAAUCUUGUGGCGUCGCUCGGCGAAAACUCAAAAGUGUACUUCGAGAAGAUGAAGCUGUGGUUCCAGAUGAAGACCACGAAAGAAGAAUUCGAUUGCGAGGCUCGCAAUCUCAUGACGGAGAAUCAGGUCCACCUGCACAACGAAUUCCUGCUGUGUCUCUUUAACAAGGUUCGCGGAUUGGCCGCCGUCACGCCGACCAAGAUAGACAGGGACAAAGUUUCCAAGGAGAGAAGACUGAGGUUGAAGCGCAAGUACAAGACUGACAAGUCAAACUUCGAGCCGGCGGACAUGUACGUGGAAGUGUUAGGCCAGGCGUCGUCGCCCGUGGGGGACGAGCCUAUAGGCGCCAAUCGCUCCAGCGCCCAGGAACUCGUCCUGCCGGAUCGCACCUUCGUACUAGCUCGAUUAAUGCUCGCGGCGUGGGAGAAUAAUAUGGACGGGGCCGAGGAUAAUACCGCGCACAUCGUUAUAGCCGCGACGCAGAUCUUCUUGAAAAAUAUACUCACCGCGGUUUUCACGCGUAGGAAAGGAUACGCCGUCCGGGACGGCUCUUUCAUCUAUAACAUAGGAGAGCCAGUGCCUAGUUCGUGGAAGAGAAACUCCAUGUACUUAAAUCCGCUGAAUUUCGGGCCGACAGAAGUAAUGGAACCCUACGGCCAGAUCCCCGCGGCGAAAUCAAGUUUCGAGGAGGCCGAACAGGCCACUGCCUUUUCGUACGCUUGUUCCACGCAAACCACGCGUUUACCGUUAAAACCAGUGAGCACGGCCGAUUUGCAGUACACAUUGAAGAUUUAUAAAAAUCUCGUUAGCAAUCACACCAUAUAUGCUACCAAUAUGGAACGAUUGUACACAUACGCUACUCACCCGACGUGGGAAGAUUUGGAGGCAAAAAAGUUACUGUGUCAACCAUCGACAUGAAGGAUUCUCGAUAUGGUCUUGAUAUAUACUUUAUUCUUCGAUUAUUCUUUAGUUUUACAGUAGACUUUUAUUAAAAUAAAACUGUAACUUAUUCCUCCUC